AUACUCACAUAUAACUGUAAUCGUUUUUUAUCAUUGUCAGUAUCUUGAUCCAUGUAAAGUUUUAAAUAAUGCAUCAAUUCUUGUUCAUUACGUUCACAACUAUGAUAAUAUAUCAGUAUGAGGCAUAAAAUAAUGAGUCUUCUUUCCGGAGAUAUGAAAGUAUCGUAAAUCAUAUUUAACGUCUGUACAAAUGGAAAUUGUCCAGUAGGUUGUAAUAAACACUCAACUUUAAACAAUGUAAUGGCACAUCUGAAUGUACCACCUACAACCAUUGCCCGUGAAAAAUACCUUUUCGCUGUUUUGUAGUCCUUAAAAAUAAAACUUAUAUAAAUAGUAUUUAUUUAAUAAUAAGUUUUAAAUAAUAUACUAUAUUACCUGUUCAAUUUGGAAAUAAUACAAUCCUAAAGCAAAGUCAGCAUUAUAAUUUUUCAAUUGUUUGAUCAGUCAAUGAUUUUGAAUGGAAUUUUACUGGAAUUUGAAUAUAUAUCAAAGUAAAGUAACAUAGUUGGUUGUCAUUAAUUCCAUCCAAUAACAUAAGUGCUUUUCUAUAAAUACCAAGAAUAAAUAAUUAAUCAUUCAAUAUUAAUUAUUUAGAUUAGAAGUUAGAGUCAGUUUAAUUGAAUAAAACUUGACACGAGAUCAAAUAUGAUCUGAGUGUUAAAGACAACAUAAUUUUACCUAUUAAAAUACGUCAAAUAUACUUUGUUGAAUGAAAAAAACUUAAGACUUAAAUUUAAUUUGUAUUAUUAUUAUUAUUAUUUUGUUUUGUUAUUUAUCCAUUGAUUAGUUUGUUGCAACUCUCCAUGGUGUUCUGUUGUAACUGAAUUCUUUCAGGUUCUUGAAGUUUAUUUUAUUCAUAUACUUUAUUAUCUGGGUCAUGUAUUCUUUACUUUUUUUGUCUGUGAAAUUCUUCAGAUUAUAUAUGCUUUGCUAUGGCCAUUUUGUGUUAUAUUUUUAAGUAUUCUUCCACUAUUGUACAUUGGUUAUCUUACUUUUUUUCUUUGGCUUCUUUUAAUUUUAUUUGCAUCGAAUUUCUGAUGUGUUUGUAGUUUUGUUAAAUUUCUAAAGUUCUAACAAAUCUUUGUUUCGUCAUAAUAUAAUCAAUUUGAUACUAUGCUAUAUAUUUGGGAGUUUUCCACGUAUAUUUUCUUCGUUCGUGGUUCUUAAAUAGUGUGUUUGCUAAUAUGAGCUUGUGUUGCGUUCAGAAUUGUAUGAAUUUCUCACCUAUUACAUUUAUUUAUCCUAGUCUAUAGUGUCUUACUAUAUAUUUGUCGUUCUGCUCUCCUAUUGAUGCAUUCCAAUCGCCUAAAUAAUGACGAUUUCUUCAGAUCUUGUCAUACUUCGAUUCUCAUCUUUUUUUUCUUACACUUCUUUGAUUCUCUUGUCAUUAUGCGUUAUUGUUGGCAUUGAUACUGGAAUAAUCGCUAUGUUAAUACAAUUUUACUAUGGCCAAUUUAUCAGUGUAUUGGUAAUAGCUCAUAAAUCUUUUGACACAUUGUUCAUAAUGAAGCUUACUGAUUAGUGUCUAUCAUUUGAACAUAUGUGCAAACAUUUUUGUUCGUCGCAUCAAAAACACUGCAUUUAAGCCAUCUUAUUUUACUUAUUCACCAAGAAUGUCUAUAUUAAGUUUUUUCAUUUCCAGUUUAAGAUUUUAAAAUGUUCCAUUUUCAUAUCUUCUGAGGACUCUCACAUUCCAGGUACCAAUUCUUUUAUAAUUCCAUUUGUAUUUUGUAUGUAGAUGAUUAUUAAAUUUAUUUGAAAUAAGGUACUUAUUUUAAACUUUUUUAUAAUUACCUAUAAUAGACAUAAUAAUAUAUAUUAUACACAAUAUACACAUGUAAAAGAUAUAUUUCAUAAUAUUAUGUAUAAGAUUAUUAUUUUAAAAAUUUGUAUUUACUUUAUUAUUUUUAUUGAGAGCUUAUAAUAUUUAUCAGCUAUACUGCAGUUGGGAUUACGUCUAAAAUAAUAUGAUGCUACUUCAUUAUAAACGUCAAAAACUGGAUACAAAUACCGAGGUUUUGGGUUUUCUAUACUCAAUAGUUGUUCGACAGCAUCUAUUUCACAUGUAUCCGGUUGUUUACUGAAUUUGAUGACAUUAUAACGUCUGACUCGGCCUUUUACUAACAACCAAAUACAUAUCCAUUCAGGUUCGGUAGGAUUAAGUUUGCGAGCUUCAUUAGCAAAUUUUAAUCCAAUGAAAUUUCCUUUUGGUGGAUUCUUCAUAAACACGUAGGCUUUAAUUGCACACACCGCUGAUUUUUCUUCCUGAUUAAAUUCAAUUGCUGGUUUAAUAUUUUCAUUUAUCUAAAAUAAAAUAAAUUAAAUAUAUUGUAAACAAAUAAAUAAAUAAAUAAAUAAUUAAAUCAUUUUUAAUUUAAGAUAAUAAUGGAUAAAUAAUUGAUAGAACUUCAUCAGUCUGCUCAUCUGUUCAGACGAAAUAGUUCUGUUAGGGGAAGAGGAAUAAAAGGCAGAAGACUUAUGUGGCAGUUUAACAGAAUCGGCAACAAAUUGUCUAUAUGUCGGAGGACAAAAUUAUGGAGACCUGGUUUGAAAGGAAGUGUAUAAAGAAGAAUGAAAGAUGAUUUCUGUUGUGGGAAGAUGGUCUCAAGGGCCUCGAAAAAAAAAAUAUAUUGUAAAUAAAUUAAAUUAUUUAUUAAAUUAAAAUACGAUCCUCCCCAAUUUGUUUCUUAAAUAACUUCGAAACGAAUUGUUCACGAACGAUGCUACACAAUUGAUUGAUUGGCUCAAACAAAAUUUCCAAAUUCGACUUUGGGAGAGACAUGAAAUUGAGCACAAUUUGUUUCUUGAAUAGGUAACUUCGAAACCGAUUGUGUACAAACGACCGAGUUUCGUACAUAAACGAUCGUUUAAUGUCUAUAUUCCAAUUUAAGAAGCCACGGAAACGGAACCCGAAACUAUAGUAUGAGGACGAGACAAGGAACUAAUAUUGAAUUCAUAGACAUGAACCUAGACUUUGCAUAUAAUAAUGUACUUCCUCAAUGUCACUCGUCAAACUCUAAAUUAUCAUCUUCCUCCUCGCCACUAUAUCUUCUCGUUAUUUGAACAACGUUUUAAAUUUUAAUAAAAAGUAAGUAGCACUGUUAUAUAGCUGGAAUAAGUGUACAAAUUUAUCUUUUCUGAGUUAAUGUUCAUCGCUAAAGCAAUAUAUGCAAACGUCGAACGUGCAAUAUGGUGGUAAACGGUUGAAUAUUGUUUAUGUGUCCCAUCGAACGUACACGAAUCCAUGUAUUCUAAAACGUCUUUUAUUUCCUUAACCGAUUCCUCAUGUUUUCCAUUGAGGAAUAACUCAUGACAAAUAGUCAAUAAUAAAUAAAAUCUAUAGAAUACAAAAAACAUUUAGAAUUUUAUGUGCGAUUUUUUUAAUAUUCAACAUGUUAUUACAAUUAAACUAAUAAUUAUUUACAAAAUCAAUAACAUUUCAAUAGUCACGGUUGCACCGUUGUGUCUGUCGGCCAUUUCGAUGCACGAGGUUUUCCGGUAGGUACAAGAAUAUAAUUGUUUUGGCCCGCAAUGAAUGACACUGUUUUUUUUAUAGUGUGUUUUCGCAAUGACACAUCAACAAAUCAUUAGCGAACGAUAAGUCGCUCGCGAACAUUUAAAUAAACGACAAAUACAACGGCGAGGCCGUCCCGGCAUUCGCCGCGGGCAAUCCGAUUGACACACCAAACACACGGACACCGAAGCUGCGCACACGGGCAUCAGGUUUCCGUAUCCGUGGUUUUACGACGCCGAAAAUCUAACACGCGCUAUGCGGCGCUGCCGGGUAACCGUGGGUUUUCAACGCGGCCGAGAGUUUUUCGUUUCGCCGAACACCAAACGGACGCACCGUCGCGCACCGUGCACGGCGGGGAACGCGACCCGUACAAUUAUUCUCAACCGCGGCUACACCGCCGCGGUACACCCACGUGACCGUAGAACUGACCUUAUCUCACGCUCGUCGGCUUAUCAAAAACAUCGGACGGGCGACGAAGAUUCGCGCGUCCACCUUGCACCAGCCACGAAACGCUAAAACCGAGCGGCAAGCGCGCAUACGUUACGCGCGUAUGGUAUAGUUCGGUUCGCGCGGUACACGGCGAAGCGGCGAUCGCGCCACAUCGGCCGGCUGCGAGUCGAAAACGUAAGUGGGACACGCCGAUUCGUACGCAUUGGUGCACGUCGAACGUUUCUUCGGUGUCGAAGUAUUCCGUACACGGUUUAUAUGUUGGCGUCGGUGUAUCGGUGUCGAUCAGCGUCCGUUCCUCCGAUUUCUCGUGUUCCGCAAUAUUCAUGUUGAAACAAGGUAAGGCGCGUCUGUAGCACCAACAGGUACUCUGGCCCGCGGUAAGUUCGGUUUCGUGUUCGGAUCGCAUUACGUUUAUCGUAUUAUUUCGCGCGCGGUUCUGCAGUCCGGCCAUUGCGGGGAUCGAUGCCACCCGAUAUUGUGUUAAAAACGAUAAUUCCCGCUAAAUGCAAUACGCGUUCGUUGACCGUAUUUCAAUCAACUCGAAUUCGCCGUCCGCAAGUCAAUGGGAUAUUGUACAACCGAGCAGCAGCUUUAUGUUUCGCAAACUUACCGCCAACUCAUCCCGUCGGUCCCGCGAUUUCCCUUAUUCAAUGUAAUUUCGUGAUUGUUCGGACGCGCUCACUGUCCCGGCAUAUUGAUCGCGAAAAUUCCACCAACCCGGUUGAUUAAUCUGAAUCGUGAAAAACGUAUUGCAAGUCGUGAUAAAUUCUACGUUUGGGCCCCGCGGGGCGCGUGCCGCUCCCGCGUUCGUACCAACACUACUGACCGAUAACAACAAAACGCGAUUCACCGAAUACCCGGGUGGGUAACACGAAAACUAAUCUCACUGAUUAUGUUUCGUUCUGAAAUCCCUAGCAAAAUGGGAUUUACCGAAUAACAACAAAGUGCAUAGAUAACGAAAUGUAUGCAGAUCCGUGAUAAUAUCGUUCACGUUUCAAUAGUAUUGGUUGGCGUACUGUUCGUAUUUCAUUAAUUCGUUAUUCGUUUUGUGCGCAACACGGGUUUUGAAGUACAAAUAUAAAACUUAUAUUUCAACAAGUUACUGGCUUUUUGUACAGGUACCUACAUUUAAAACCCACGGUUUAUGUUUACCUAUUGGUGUUUUUUUUUUUUUUUAAGUAUUUUAACAUUAUUUUCAAAGAUUUAAAUUUGUUUUUUAUUCAUAUUUGUUUUGUCUUUCAGAGGUAUCUCAGUAUUUUAGUAAUAUUAUGGAAAAAGAGCCCGACGUCAGUGCUAGUAUAGCAGCAAUUAGUACACUAUUGAAGCUACUGGAACAUGAUAAAUGUAGGUGCAAUUUCGAUUAAAUACAAUUGUAUUGUUAUGAUAUAUAAGUGUAGCUGGCUGGCUAUUGCAUCUUUGGUAAAACACAAGUUCGAUUGUUUUAUAUUUCCACUUGGCACAUCAAUAUUGUAAUAGCGACAUUUUUAUUUAAGAAAAUGUCAUGCCCGUAUGGUGCCUUCUCGGUCCAACUCAUGGGCAAUAUGGUAAAAUCUACCUUACGCACUGCGAAGAACUCGCAUAAUUUUGGUUUUAGAGUAAAAUCACCUAUUAUAAAAUUAAAAAAGAACAAUAUUCCAAAGGGCAAGACAAUGUGUUUUUCUUAUUUUUUCUAAUUAUUAUUCUGAACAUAACAUUCAAUACAUUGUUUAGAAAUAAAGACGUAUUCAUCGUUUUUAAAUGACUGUAACAAUUAAAAAAGAAAAAAUAUUGUUUUAUAUUAUGGUUUAUUUAUUUUAUAGCAAUAUUGCCCUCUUUUAAUUGUAUAAUAGAUAGCUAUUUUUAUUUUGAACUCAAAAUUAAGUGAGUUCCACGCAGUCUGCGUAAGGUAGAAUUUGCUAUAUUGUCGUUAGUUGGACUGAGACAAUAUGUAUAUAUAAUGUUCUCUUAAAAAGAAAACAGAAAAUGGUAAUUUUUUUUUGUAUAAGUAUUGUGAGUAGGUUUUGAAAAAUGUAUGUAAACUAUUUAAACAACUCGGAUAUUUAUAUUAUCUAUGUUCUACUGUAAUUGAAAAAAUAUUUUUUUGAAAAUUAAACAUUUUUCAUUUAGCUGAAACUGUACAAGAACUCGAUUUGAAUUUACAAUCUGCAGUGGAAGUCAUUACAAAUAGUAGUUACCGUAUCACUGGCGUAUCAUCUGGAUGUGCUUUAUUUAUGCGGUUUAUAACAUUUGCUAAAUUGGAUACUAUUGUAAGUAUUCUUUUAAGUAUUUUACAUAAAUUUGACUUAAUUAAAUUUCAUUUUGGAUAUUUAGACAUUGAACCCUAAAUUUAUGGACUUCUCACAAUAGUGGACUACUACUUACUAUUGGACAUUUUAUUGGGUCCCAGCAGAAAUAUACAUAUUAGAUAGGCGUUAAAUACUCUUAAUUUUGUGGCCCCUUCAAUACAAGUAUAAUAUACUUUUAAUUAUGAAUUUUAAACAAAUGUGUAAACAAAACAUUGCUCAACAGUUUCAUACUUCAUAUAAAUUUACAUAUCUACAUUAUUAUUAAGAAAAAAUAGUUGAGGAAGGCCACAUCUCGAAUAUAUUGGCCACGGGAUUAAGGAUAUAGGUUGUGAAAUAUAUUACAAAUUAAAAAUAUAAGCGAGAAACACAGAGAAUAAUGAAAUUGGUGAACUGCUGCUAACCAGCCUUUUGGAUAAUAGAUACCUAGAUUUUUUCUUAUAUCAAAGAAUAUACAAUUUAUCUGAGUUAUGGGGUUUACAUUUUGUUCCAUUGAAAUAAUUCUAUGCUUGUAAAGUAUAGUUAUUUAUAAAUGCUGUUUACAUAAAUAUAUCAUAAUGUCAUGUGGCAAACGAAGAAGAUUAACUUUGGCACAAAAAAUGGAAAUAAUAACAUUUGCAGAGGCAAAAUACCUUGGGGUACGUGCAAUUGCUGAACACUUCAAUAUAGGAAAAACACAAGUCAGUAAUAUUUUAAAAAACAAAGUAUAUUUAUCACAAACUUUUACGGGACAAGGAAGUAAAACUUCAAAACGCAAAUUCCCAAAAUCGGAUAGUGAAAUAAUUGAUAAGGUGAUAUUUCAAUGGUAUUUGCAUGCUCGAGUUAAAAAUUUGGCAAUUUCUGGUCCAAUUUUAAAAGAAAAAGCAUUAGAAUUAGCAUCAAAAGUGGGACUUAAUGAUUUUAAGGCAUCCAACGGAUGGUUGCAUUGUUUUAAAAAUCGUCAUCAGAUUUCAUAUCAAUACGAUGAUACAAGAUCAGUAAAACAAAGUGUUACAGCUGAAUGGUUAUGUGAAGUUAAAGAACUCGUUAAUGGUUAUGAAGAACGAGAUAUUUUUAGCUGCGAUGAAACUGGGUUAUUUUUUCGUAUUCUUCCUGAAAAUACAAUGGACUUUAUAAAUGAAACUUGUAGUGAAGGAAAUUUAUCAAAAGAAAGACUUACAGUAAUGUUGUGUGUCAACAUAAUUGGAGAAUUUGAAGAACCAUUAGUGAUAGGAAAAGUUGGACAACGUAGCUGUUUUGAAAAUAUUAAUGUUAAUGACAUUGGAAUAAUUUGGAAAUCUAAUAAUAAAGCGUGGAUGACCCGUGAUAUUAUGACUGGGUGGCUUUUGGAUCUUGAUCGUAGAAUGACUUCAGCGAAGAGAAAAAUUAUUCUUUUUUUAGAUAAUGCAAGUACACAUCCUUUACUUCAUGAUCUGCAAUCAGUUAAACUAAUAUUUUUUCCGAGAUGUAUAUCAUUUUGUGGUCAGCCUUUAGAACAAGGAAUCAUUCAGAAUUUUAAAAUGCUAUAUCGACUAUGUUUAAUGAGACAUCAACUUAUAAAAAUGGAAAAUACCUCUGGAUUAAUGAAAAAAAUUAACGUAUUAGAUGCGAUUCUUUGGAUAAAAUCUGCUAUUAAUACAAUUCAAAGAACAACGAUUAGGAAUAGUUUUUUAAAAUCUGGUAUCUUGAUUUCAAGUGGUAAGAAAAUCAAAGAGGAAAAUUUCGACCUCAGUGAUUAUAAAACUUUACUAGUUCGCUUGGUUGGUGAUGAUUCAAUUAAUUAUGUUGAAAUAGAUGAUAAACUAUUAACCGAAAAUCAAUUAUUGGAUUUAACUAAAAUAAUGCAAGAACUCAUUGACCCGCAAAUCAGUGACGAAGAUGAUGAGGAUAUUCAAUGUGUAUAAUAUUGUCAUAGGAAAAAUACAGUAUUUGCAAUUAAGAGAAUCUGUAAGAUCUUAAAAAGAAAAUGCAGGAGCCUCCAAUAAGGUACCAUGAUGGAAAAUGUGUAAUUAUGACUUAAUAAAAUAUCUGGUUCUUUUGAUCUAUAUCCUUAAUACUUAUAAUAGGGAGAUAUUAAAUUUAUAAAUUUUAAUGUAUUUCAUAUUUGUUUUAGCACAGUAUGUACUCGUGAUAUGUACUAUAGUUUUAGUAAAACUUAUUAAAACAAAAAAUGUAAGUUAAGUUUUUAUAAAAAUAAAUUUUAAUUAAUACAGAUGUAGUUCAUACGUCUUACUUUGUUACACAUUGUACAUAAAGUAAAAAAACUAUAUAAUAUUAUAUAUACACAUGUUUGAUCUUUGUAAAGUUAUUACAUAUUUAUAAUAUAUUUAACCCUUAAGUAAAGUUACUAUUUUAAAAUACAGCAUAUAAUAUGAAUGUAAAUUUAAAAUAUCAUAUUCUUAGUAUAUAUUAAUUUAAAAUUAUAUAUUUUAAAAAAAUUAUUAUUGCAAUAUCAUUCAAUUACUUUAAAUGUUGUUUAAAUAUAUUUUUCAGCGAUAUUAUUUAAUUGGAUUUUUAUUUAAGAAAAUUGUUAUCAAAAUUACACCAAAUUACAAUUAUUAUAUAAAGUAAAUAAAUAUAUAAAUAAAAAAAUUUUACAACUGAGUAAAAAAAAUUAAAUGAAAGAAUACAUAGAAAUAUAUAUAUAUAUAUAUAUAUAGAUUUUAAAUAAUCUCUCCUAUUAAAAUAAAUUAUUUCUUUAUUCUAUGUAAAUUAACCAAUUUGUAUAAUUUUUUUUCUAUGUAUUCCUUCAUUUAAUUUUUUAUAUUCAGCCGCGUUUUACAUUUUGACUGUGAUAUACCUGAUGAUGAAUUUUUAAUUCGAAACCGGGCUUAUUUAUACACGUAUCAUAAUACUCUAGGUAACACAUUGAUUCAUUCAUUUAUUUAUUUUCAUAUAUACAUUUUUUAUUUAUAUAUUUUUUACGAGUAUUUUAAUAAUUUUGUUUUUACUUUAUUAUUUUAUUAUUAAUUAUUAUAUAUUAAACCUAUGUGUUACUAUAUUAUAUUUUAGUAAACGAGUAAGAAAUGAAUCUUUCUAUUCUUACUUUUAGACUUUCGCGGAAUGUAAAAAAGUUAUGUUGGAUCGUGGCAAAGUAUUUUUGAAGAAACUUACAGAUGCAAGAAAUAAAGUUGCUAAAAUUACUCUUCCUUAUUUUGUUGACGGCACAGUAAGCAAAACAAAUAAAUAAAAAUAAAAAAAUAUUUACAAUUUAUAAACAGCAAAAUGAAUUGUAUUUUUUGUGUAUUAUUUUAGAAUAUUCUAACACAUUCAAAAUCAAGAGUAGUAUUAGAAGCAAUGAAAUUAGCUGUAAACUCUCAAAAAAGAUUUCAUGUGUUUGUGUCUGAAUCAUCUCCUGAUAAAAGCGGGUAAUUGUAUACAAAAUAAAUGUAUAAUAAACCUAUUUAAACGAAUAAUAUUAUUAUUAUUUUAUACUUGUUUGAUACUAGAAUUGAAAUGUACAAUUGUUUAAAGAAACUCAAUAUUCCUUGCACAUUGGUAUUAGAUUCUGCUGUUGGUUACAUCAUGGAAAGGGUUGAUAUGGUUAUGGUUGGAGCAGAAUGUGUUGUAGAGAGCGGUGGAAUCAUAAAUAAAGUAAUGUACCUACUCAUUCUUAAUUUUAAUUAUUAUAUUUAAUUUCUAUUAUGUAUGUAUUAAGAUUUUGAAAUUGCAUUGUUAUAUAAACUUAUAUUUAUUUAAACAAAAUAUACCUAUAUAAAUUAUUUUAAUUACUUAGAUUAAAUUCUAUAUUUAAUUAAUAUAGUAUAAACAAUUUUAUUAAUUAUAAAUAGUGUUUUAAAGAAAGUUCAGAUGAAUUAAUUUCAUAUAAUUUUAUCAUAAACAUUAUUAUUUGUAAUUCUUGAAGUACAAUUAUGAAUUCAAACAACAUAAGAGAUUUGAUUUUGUUGUGUUAUGAAAGGCUAUGAAAAAAGACCAUUGCUUAUUUUUAAAUAAGAAAAAAUUACUUAAAAAUUAUUAUGCAAUUCCUUUUUUUUAGAUUGGAAGUUGUACAAUGGCAAUUUGUGCUAAAGAAUUCAAAAAACCAUUUUACGUACUAACAGAAAGUUACAAGUUUUCACGAAUGUAUCCAUUAAAUCAAAGAGAUUUACCUUAUAAUUUCAAAGUAAGUUAUUUGUUUAUUAUUAUCUUAGAUGCAGCUGAUUACAAAUGAUUUAAUUUAUACCUACAAAGUUCAAACAUGACGACUAAUUUCCCAUUAUGUUUUAUUACAAAUGAUUCAAUUUGUAUAAAACAAUUAACUAUUCAAGUUUUUCAUAUAGGUAUUGUUAUGUAGUUUUUAUGAAAUUAAAAAAUUAACUUCUAAAUACUUAAAAAUUGUCGUUUCCUAAUAGAAUUUAUUAUUAUUAUUAUUAAUAUUUUAACAGCUAAAUAAUAUUGUUUUAUUUUAUGUUAGUUAUCCAUUUAUACUUAUCAUUAUUUAUAGUUAUUUUAUUCUACAAAUAUUUACUAGUGUUUCUUAUUUUAGAUUUUGAGCUUAGGGAGGAAUACAUUUUAACUAAUGAACUAUUGUCUAUUAAUAUUCCCUUAAUCAAUUUAUUUAUUUUUAUCUAGUAUACUGCGAACAAUUUGAAUGAUAAUAAUUUAUCAAAUGCUCACCCUACAGUGGACUAUACUCAUCCAACUUAUAUUAGUUUGCUUUUUACCGACCUUGGAAUAUUGAUGCCGUCAGCAGUAAGUGACGAAUUAAUAAAAUUAUAUUUGUGAAUCUUUGUAAUAUUAUUUGUUAUGUCGAUUGCUGAUGCAACUGAUAUAUUCGUUAAUCUAAGUAUAAGAUACUGUAAGAAAAUAAAAAUUUAAUUAUAUAUCAACUUAAUAUUGUUCAAUUUGUAUUCAUCUUUACCUAUUUUGCAUUAUUUUUGUAGCUGACAAAUAAAAUUUUUAGAAUUAUAAGUUAUGUUUAUAUGUAAUACACAAUAAUGUAAAUUAAAUUUUUUUUAAAAACACUUAUAAAAUACAAAUCAGACCCAUCUAUAAAGAAUGUGUUGUGAUUAAAUUAUAUCGCUGUGAUGACUCAAUUGAUACAAGUACCAAUCUUCAACUGCUGACAUAGCCUUUGAAAAAUAUUUUAAGGUAAAAUGGGUUGCUUAAAUGAAUUUAUUAAUUAUAUUAUUAGUUUUGUGAACUAGGUAUACAACUACAUUUGCUAUACUUAAAAUUAAAUCUCAAUACCCUUGUUGUCUUGAUUCUAUUAGAACCAAGCUGGUGUUGUGUGUAAUAACUAUAUACAGUGGAUUCUGCUUAAUGUGGGCACGUUGGGACCAAUUACAUUUACCCAUUUUAAUCAAAAAGUGUAUUGUUAUACAUUAGAAUUGGGACCAGACCAUUAUGUUCAUACUAGACCGCUGCUCACAUUAACCGAUGGCCACAUUAAGCUUAAUCCACUGUAUACAAUUAUUACAGACAACACCAGCUUGGUUCUUAUUAUAAAGUCAAGACAACAAGGGUAUUGAGGUUUAAUUUUAAAUAUAGCAAAUGUAGUUGUAUACUUAGUUCACCAAACUAAUAAUAUAAAUAAUAACUUCAUGUAAGCACCUUAGGCCAGGGGUUCCCAACCUUUUUAUCAUCAUGUACCACCAGACACUUAUAUAAUCAAUACGCGUACCACCUAAAUUCUAAAACUAAAUUAGGAGUCAAAUUUUUUUAGCGUAUAUUUGUAUUAUUCAUUCAUUUCUUUACAUUUUUAUUAUUUGAUAUUUAUGAAAGUAAAAAAAUUUUAAGUUUUAGUUAAAUCUAAAUAUUUAAAUUACAAUUUUCAAAUUAAUAAAAAAAUAAUAAAUAAAAUUAAUGUGAUAUUUGUUAUUGUUUAUUUUGUACAAGGACUUCAAUAUCAGGCUGAAUGGAACUAAUUUUUAUUCUUAAGUCACUUUGAAUAUCAAGCCUACUUCUGUACUUAUUUUUUCAAAUACAGCAAUUCAGAAAAUCCACUCCCUGACAAAUGGAGUUAAACAUUGUAAUGCUUGCUUGAAAAGAGAUGGGUAUUCUAUUUUUGUUGACAUCCAAAAUGAAACUAAUAAAAAUAAUAAUUUUAUAAAAUUAGCUAAUAUUAAAUAAACUAAACUAAACUAAACAAUAUUGAAUGCAAAUAGUAAUAAAAAAAUAUCUUCGCGCACCACUAGUAGUACUCGUACCAUGGGUUGGGAACCUCUGCCCUAGGCCAUUACCUGUAACUGUUUUGAUAGGUGCCAAAUCAUUUUUAUUCAAAAUUAGGAUUUUAUAAUAUUUUUCAUAAUUGAUUACAAUACCAUCUACUGUUCUGUUAGAUUCUGAAGUGUAGUUAAUAAUGAGUAAAUAUAACGGUUUUUAUUUUAAUUUACCACUUACUUUAUGACUCACAGUAGUUUGGUGUGGUAGCAGUACUUUUGAAAAUGUAUUUGAUACCAGUUGAAUACUUAAUCCUUUUUCGGUUAUACCAAUUAUUUCUAUGUAUAUUUGUUGAAAAGUAGAGAAUUAAUAAUACAAAGGUAAGUUGUUUUUCUAUUUAUAUAAUUUAAUUAAAUUAAUGAAAAAUAAUAUACUAAAUAUGAAUAGCAAUCAAUUUUCGAAAACAUAUUUUAUGGAUUGUAUUAAACAUUAAGUAGUUCACAUAAUUAUCAAAAUAGGAUUAUCUUGAAAAUCUCACAGCCCUAACAAUGGCUGUUUAUAAAAAUAUUUUCAUCCAUAGAAUACAAUUCAAUAUAAAAUAUAAUUUUCAAAAAAAUUAUUUUUUAUUGUUAUCAAAAAAUUUACAAAUUUUAAUUUUCAGUUCCCCAGCUAUAAAAAAUAAAUAAUAUUGUAACUGUGGCACAGAGGUAUGCUCAUUAUUAAAAAAAAAACCUAAAAAAAUUGAAUAGCACAAAUUAUUACAAGUGUCAGAUUUUCAUUAUAUACACUAUAUACACAAUAGUCAUAAUAGUUAUUUUAUAAUGUAUCUUUAUGGUAUUUAGUAAUUGUUUCACUAUGCUAAUAUAUAUAAAUACAAUUUUUGUACUGUAAUGAAUAUCGAUCAUUUCAUUUCAAAAACUUAAUGCAGAUUUAAAAGAAUGGCGAUUUACUGGACACGGUGAAAUGGUAUAUAGGUAUUUAAUAUUACAACUAAUUUAUUUUUAGAAUUACCCAUCUCAUUUUUUCAUGAUAAUAUACACAAUCUGGUUCUAUGGUAGCAUCUUUGGAACUGAUCUCCGGAACAACUAUUAAAAAAAAAUCCUAACAUAAUAAAGGAUUAUAAAAUUGUACUACUAAUACCAUUGAUUAUAGAAUAGUCUAUUCUAUAAUCAAUGCUAAUACUGAUUAUGUUCUUAAAUAAUAUAUAUCUAUAUAUUUGUUUUAGAUGAUUAUUAAGCCGGGAAAUUUACUGUUUAGCAGAUAUACAUUUUAUGCCAAAUAUGUAGUAAUAUAAUGUGUGUUGAAUCUUAAUAAAGAAAUGGCUCAACCAGAUUAUUAACCGGAAAAAACUUACUCUUGAAAGAGGUUCGCCGAUGGUGGAGAAAUGCAUAGUGGAGUAGAAUGUAGAACGUUGGUGAACUACAAAAAAUGUAUCCAUUUCAUUUGUAUACCUAUUAAUGCAUUAAUAAUUCGAUUUCAGAAGUUAUAGGAGUUAAAUAUUGUUCUGUUUGCUAUUGAUUUAUGGAAGACUGAGCUAGAAAUCCGUUAUAUACAUUGAAGAGUUUAAAAAUCGAAAAUUUGAUUCAUUAUGCCUAUUUAAUAACUUUAAAAAAAAUCGAUUUUAUUUUCUUUUUUUACCUAUAUAUUUUAAAUAAUGAUUUUGGUAUUUAUUGUCAUCGUGCAUAGAUAGGUCAUUUAAUGUCUAUUGCAGUGGACUAUUGCAGUCUAUUUUAGUGUAUUUUUAUUAAUUCUUAGGUGAAAGGAGUGCCUAAUGACACUACUACAGUAUUAAUUAUUUUUAUUCACCAUAUAUACGGACACAUAAUUUACUAUUUUUGUUUUUGGCGCAUUUUUUAUGUGCAUCUUUUGACAAAAAAACAUUUCGACGCCCGAGCCCUCGUUCAUAAUAUUAUUUCCCCUAGAUGUACGGCUUUCCAUUAAGAACAUUUAUAUUUGUUUUACUAUAGAUUUGUAUUGUUUAGUUAUAACCUAUAGACAGGUAUCUAUUUAGUAUUCGUAUAGGUAGCAUUAUUAUAAUAAUUUAUAAUUAGUUGUUAGUUAUUGUUAAAUGUAAUCCUGGCUUUACCCAUAAUAUAGUAUAAUUAUUAAUCCAUAAUAUAUAUAUAUAUAUAUAUUUUAAUAAUCCAUUUCAAUUCAAUGGUUCCAGAGGUUUGAGACCACACUCACAAAAUGCUGUCUCCG